AAAUAUUGCUGUAUCAGCAAACCACAUGCUUCUUGAGAUCUGGUCAAAAAAGGUUUAGGUCUGACACUUUUGAAGCAUGGAGGAAGUUGGCCAAACUAUUGCCUGUAUUCGGUGGAAGCUUUGUCCAGUCCUAUUGUGAACCACAGUCACUGUGGCAUAGCCAGGACCAUGGAGAGAGACCAUUGCUGAGGAAAAUUGCUAACUAUGGAAUGCAUGUGAUAUUGGGAAAACCUCCACAUACCAGCAGCUCAUCCCUCAGGGACCAACUUGGCUGGACCACACUCCAUGAAAGGCGUCAAAGGUUCAUGCUCACCCAAGUGCACAAAUGUCUGCUAAACCUUGCCCCUCCCUACCUGACGAACAAGUUUAAGCUCAACUCAACAAUGUACACUGGGACCCGUGGAUCAGGAAACAUCUACCUGUACAGGCCUACUAUGCUGCUAAGACUGGCCACUCAGACGCUAACAGACCUCAGCAGUAUGGAGAAGGGUCUGUCAUCAGAGACUAAAAACUCCCCUGACACCCAGCCCUUACAUGCAGCCCACCUCCAGUCUGGUGAGCAGCCUACAAGCAGUGAGGGACAGUCUGAAGACAUGGGUCCAUGGACAGGGGCUACUGAGGAACCUUCAUCAAGAACAAGAACACUGACUCAGGACGAGGAGGACUUUGACAAGUUCCUGGAGAGUGUCAAAGCUCAGCAGCUCUCACUCUCCACAAAAGUUUCUGAGCCCCACCUCUUACUGUCUGACUCGGAAGAGGAGAUAGACUUUGGAUUCUGGGAGAAGGCGUCCACCCUACCCUCGGACAAGACCCCAACCAAUAACCUGAACUUGUUAUGACACUGUCACACAUUUUGUCUGUUUUUGCGGCCUAUUCUAUCAUUGUCAUAUUCUUAACGACUACUUUUACAAUCCAGGGCAAACAUUAUGUGUACGAACUCAUGCAUGCAUGUCAUUGUUUUUUCCAGAAUUUACUAUCCCAACAAACAGUGAACUUUUUUGGAAAAAUGAUUAUACGAUAGAAAAGCAUUUCUCACAACAUGAAAAAACAU